AUGGAUGCCCAGGUAGUCAUUUCGCUGCUGAUCCUCGCCUUCGUGACCGCCGGCGUCAUCUACGACGUCGAGCUGAGCCCCCAAGGGCGGAAGCUGCACUCCAGGGGCUAUCGGUGGCGUCGACUACAGAACUGGUUCCCCAUGGGCAUCGCCUACGCCGCGUUCUACAUGGCGAGGUACAACGUGUCUGCCGGUAACGUGCCGUCAGUGCGCAACGACCUUGGCUUCUCCUCCGUCUACAUGGGCUGGGUCCUGUCGGCUGGUUCAUGGGCGUAUGCUAUCAGUGCCCCUUUCACAGGACAGAUCACCGAUCGCAUCGGGGGCAGGAACGGCAUGAUCGUCGCGUGUGUCGGGGCUGCUCUGUGCAACUUGGCGUUGGGGAUGAUAUUCCUCAGCCACGGGUCGCUCCUCGUGAAGCAGAUCCUCUUCGUGGUGUUCUACGCAUCCAACGUGCUGAUGCAGGGCUUCGGCACCAGCGCCGUCGUCAAGAUCAACGCUGCCUGGUACACGACGAACGAGCGCGGCGUCUUCGCCGGCGUGUUCAACGUCAUGCUCACAAGUGGGUACUACCUGUCGCUGGGCACGGGUAGCAGCAUCAUCGAGUCACUGGGCUGGGCGUACGUGUUCGUCAUCCCGGGGGCCGCUCUCCUCGUCAUGUCGGUCAUCAUCCUGUCGUUCCUCGAGCCUCAGUGCAUGUCGUGUGGUGACGGUCUCGAAGAAGAGGCGCUCACUCCCAAGCAACAGAUGCAGCAGCUACUCCGAAACUUUACCUUCCUCGGAUACCUCGCCGCGCUGUUCUUCCUGUGCUGGGCAAGGGACGGAUUCCUCAACUGGUUCCUGUCCUUCUUCGACGAUGUCCGCUCGGAACCUCUCACGUCCAGCGACACCGCGAUCAUCGGCGGAGCUUGGACCAUUGGGGGAUUUGUCGGGGGAAUUCUCUGCGGUUGGAUCAGUGACGCCGUCUUCCACUCGAACCGAGUGAAGCCCAUUUUCAUCUUCUCCAUGUUGCAGGCUGUUGUGCUCGGAGUUAUCUACUUCGUGAGCGCUACGUGCAGCGUUGCGAUGCUGGGAGCACUCACGUUCCUCUCGAGUGUCUUCAUUCUGGGCAACUACACGCUGCUGAGCUACACGGUGCCGACGGAUCUGCCUCAAGACAUUGCAGCUGGGGCUACGGGCAUCAUGCACGCGGUCGGGUACUUCUCAACCGGCCUCUCGAGCGCCGUCAUGGGCAAUGUCAUCGAUGGUGCGGGCUACAUCGUCUGGGCGGUGUCGCUCAUUGUUGCGUCGAUUCUGUCCGGUGUGUUCGUCAAGCUCGGCUCGCACUUCGCCAAGGACCGGACAGCCGAGUCCAGACAUCAGCCGGCAGCCAUCACGCCGAUGACGGACGUCUCCGAUGAGCUCUCGACCUCCUCCGUAUCGUUCAACAGCAGCGACUUUAUCAUGGUGGUGUCGCCGAAGCCUGAUAGCGCGACGCCACCGCGCUCAGCCUCGCCAUCUUUUUGA